UUUUAGGACCUUUUUGUAAAAUUAGAAAAGUUUAGGUACUAAAUUAUAAGAAGAAAUAAUUUUGGAUACCAAACUGUAAUUUAUCAAAAUUUGUAGUAAGUGACCAGAAAAUUCAAAAUAAAAAUCAUAAAAUACAAAUUACAAAUGAGUAUCCAAACAACGAAUUUGAAUUACAUAUAUUUCAAAAGGCUAAUUUCAAAUAUAUCCAUUUCAAAUGCAUUUAUUUCAAAUACCUUACAUUUGAAAUACACUUACCAAACACACCUUUAUUGACUAGAGGGACAAGUACUAUGCCAACGAUCUUCCUCUAAUAGUCCAACAGAGCCUUAAUGUAUUGUUCACCAACCUAAAAUUGAUUUUUUUAAUUCUUUUUUCAAGUUUAUUAUAUACAAAUACAAGUAGACUGAACAUUAUUUAGAAGGGAUCAACCACCAUAUGGCUCACCAAUCGACACCAUAAUUCAGCCAUCUGCUUCUUUAAUUCUCCCCAUUGCUUUCACCUCUGUGGUAGCUGGAGAAUCAGAAUAUGAUUGAAAUGGGUGAUGGGAAAAGGUUGUGAAACCGGUUUGUGCCAGUGUGUCGGUUUAGCAAGUGGAAUGGUUCGACCGGUAGUACAUACCGGUUUGUAUCGGUUUAUGCCGGUUAAUAUUACAAAUAAUUUACAAAUACUCAUAUUUAAGCACGGCAUUUAACGUGAAUACCUAAAUAUUUGUACUUGAAUCCAACAAAUAACAUCAACAUUUAACUUUUUAACACAUAAAAUAAAUAAUAAAUUACUUUUUAUCAAAUAAAUUCACUAAUAUAAGAUCAUUUUAUUUAGAGAUUCGUAUAUCGAUCAUGCCGGUCAUACUGGUGGUGUCAUACCGACUUUAUGACCGGUACAGGUUGAACCAGGAUCAACCAGUGGUACGCCGGCCGGCGUGACAACAUGGUGAUGGGGCAAUGUUUUGGGAGAAGAAAAGAAACCACGAGUAUAAUGCCACACAUAUCCUUUUCCAUCUCCAAUUAAGUUAAACACAGCUCCUUUUCGACAAGUUGGUGUCAUUGAGAAAUUUUAUAUGUGUCUCAUAGCUGGAUUAUAUAUUGUUUUUCUGACCAUCAGCCAGAAAAACCCACCAAAUUAGGAGAUUUGCAGGAUUCUGAUGGUGAUUGCGUGAAUAGAAUAUGAUAGUGGUUAUAAAAGCGACAUUAUAUGUGCAAAUUAAAGUGAAUGUUAUUUUAUAUGUGCAAAUUAAUUGAAAAUUUUACUGUAAAUAAAACAUGAAAUAUAAAUUAAAAAUAAUAAAUACAAUCCAUUAAAACUUUAAUAAAAAUUAUUAUACAUAUGUAGAGCUUUUAUUAUUAUACCGUUGACCAGCAAUAGCUUUCCCUCCCUCUUUAUAACUUGGAUCAAAACGAUGGCGCCAUAAAUUAAUAGCAAUCCCCAAGCAGAGCAGUAGCCAUGAAAGCUUUCGUAGCUUCUUCGUCUCUUCCAUCUCUUUACUCCCCAACUCAGCUCACUCAUGCCCAACUACACAAACCCAAUUUCUCAAAUUUCGAUUCUAUUUUCGCACACAACUCGCCAUCCCCGCCAUUACUUCACAGCAGGGCACCGUCAAAAUUCAAGCUUUUCUCUUCCCCUGUUUCAGUGGACCAUGUACCGCUCGAAGCAGCCGACACCGUCACCGCCGCCGCCGCCGCCACCGCCGGAGAGGAGAAGUUUGACUGGUACUCUCAGUGGUACCCUUUGAUCCCGGUGUGCGAUCUGGACAAGAAGGUCCCACACGCCAAGAAGGUGUUGGGUUUGGAUGUGGUGGUGUGGUGGGACAGGAGCGAGAAUGCAUGGAAGGUGUUCGACGAUAUGUGUCCUCACCGCCUGGCUCCGCUCUCCGAAGGAAGGAUCGAUCCGUCGGGAAGGCUGCAGUGCGUUUAUCACGGCUGGUGUUUUGAUGGCUCCGGCAGCUGCAAGCUCAUCCCUCAAGCUCCUCCCGACGGUCCACCAGUUCACACCAACAAAAGGGCUUGUGUUGCAGCUUACCCAACCAUUGUGCAUCAUGGCAUGGUGUGGUUUUGGCCCAACUCUGAUCCUCGGUACAAAGACAUUUUUGAGAAGGAGAAACCUCCUUUCAUUCCGGAGUUGGAUGAUCCAUCGUUCACGACGGUGAUGGGCAGUCGAGAUCUGCCUUAUGGGUAUGAUGUAUUGAUAGAGAACCUUAUGGAUCCUGCUCAUCUUCCCUACGCGCAUUAUAAGCUUGGACCAACACAGCCCUUCAAGGAAAUGCGCGACAGAGAAGGCGGAAGACCACUUGAUUUUGUGGUGAAGAAUCCAGGGAUAGGAGGAUUUGAUGUGGAUAUGGGAUUCGGUUGCAUUAAUUUCCAUGCACCUUGCUUCAUUACUUACCAUACUGCUCUGCCUUCUGGAACCGAUAAGGAGCGGAAGACGGCUUUAGUUUUCAUCUGCAUUCCAGUCAGUCCAGGCAAUAGUAGAUACAUUUGGGCUUUCCCAAGGAAUUUCGAUACUUGGGUUGACAAAAUCUUGCCCAGAUGGAUGGCACACAUGGCAACAAAUGUACUCUUGGAUUCCGAUUUGUAUCUUCUUCAUGUAGAGGAACGUAAAAUCAAGGAAAAAGGGCCUGCGAAUUGGCAGAAGGCUUGCUUUCUGCCGAUCAAGUCUGAUGCUCUGGUGGUUGGCUUCAGACAAUGGUUCAACAAAUAUGCAUAUAGUAAAGUCGACUGGAGAAGCAGGUGUACUGAUGAUCUUCCUCCAACCCCGCCAAGAGAACAGCUUAUGGACAGGUACUGGAGCCAUGUGGUGAACUGCAGUAGCUGCAAUCGAGCAUACAAGACUCUGAAUGCUAUCGAGACCGUGCUCAAAGUCGUCUCCAUUGGAUCGAUCGCCAUUGCUGCAGCAGCUGCUCAAGGGAUGUUGUCGGGGGCUGCGAGAACUAAACUUGCAAUCUUCGCUACAGCCUGCUAUGUAGCUUCGAAGUGGCUGGCUUAUUUCGUUCAUGACAACUUUCGCUACCAUGACUACAAUCACUCGUUCCCUGAAAAGGUGAUGCUUCUGGUUCGAAUUUGGAAUGUAGGUGCUGGUUAAUUAGUAGCUGUAGCUGACGGUGGGGAUGCAAAAUGGUUUGCUCACGAUCUUGGCGUAUGACCAUUGUCAUAAAACAAAUCAAUUCCUGAAAAAAUGUUACAGUAGAGUAUUUAUGUUGAUCUGCCCCAAUUGUUGUAUAACCAGAAACAGCUUUGUCUCUGUUUCCUCGAUGGACGAGUGAUGAUUUCGAUUCAAACCCUUUCGAAUAAAGUUCAAAUGUUCAAUGCUUGAUGCUUAUGAAACCUAUGCUACUUGCAAAGAUUCGUCAUGGAACCCUCUGUUUCUACUGCUAUAACUACGGGCUACAUUGGAUAGUAAACUGACUUAGAGAAAAGACAAAAGGAGAGGGACUGUGGUGUCUUGCUUCGAUUUGCGCAUCCCUGGACUCUGCUCUGCAAGUGGAAGGGAGAGAAGGAGUAAUGGCCGUGCAGUGCUAAGCUGGCUUACCAUGCUUCUGUCCACUAGCCACACCAAACCUGUCUUUAAUAUUAAGGGUAAAUUGCAUGGUUGGGCACUGUGAUUACUAAAAACGUUCACGUUUGGUCAUUAAAAAUAUUUAAUUUCAUUCUUGGUCACUAAAAUUAGUUAAACAUUUCAAGUUUGAUCACUCUCAGUCCAACUCUGUCAAAUUUUGCUUAUGUGACAGUCAACUCUUAUAAUUAACCGUUAAAUGUGUGACAUGACAAUUAAAAAAUAAAUAAAAUUUAAUUUAUAAAUUUUCCAUCUCAUUUCUAACUAUUAAAAAACCUUACAACUCCGUUAAAUUUUAACACAACAAACCCUAACGGCUCCCCUGCAUUUCCCCACCGCCGCCACGUCCACUAGCCGGUGAAGAGCUCCCUCCCUCCAACUCACCUCUCUUUCUCUCUCUCCUCUCAGCUGCAGUAGUCGUUCACUCUUUCGCCAACAAGAUCGCCGCCAGAGAAGGUGUGGAGCAGAGGAUAUUUGAGUCACAAAUCCAUAACUCAAAUCCAAUGAGCAAACGAUAUUUGGGUCUUAUGACGACCUCCUUUUCUUGUUCCAGGGAGACAAGGUGGCUUCUACCUUUUCACUACUACCAUAAACUCUUUCAUGAGGCAUUGUCGAUUUUAUCAUGGGUAUGUACGUGCUACGUUGAUACAUAUAUUAUUAUCCUAUACUAUAGUGGUAAUGUUUGAUAGUACAUAAAAUUAUACUAUGGUGGUAUGCAAGGAGAUCGUGUUGAAUGAAUAUAUGAUGGUGUAGAAUGGAUGUAUAUAUGAUAGUAGGAAUAUACGAACUAGCAGUGUCAACACAGAACUUGACUCCAGUAACCCGUUCGGUCAACCCUACUCGCAACCCGACCAUAACUUGAGUUGACUAAAAGAUCAAUUACUCGAACAUGCUUGUCUCACAAACUAGUUGGUCCCAACUUGACGGACCAACAACCCAAUGAACUCGUAACCCUUCGAACCUGUGAUCAGAUAAACCCAUAAGUGUCUGACCCACAACAAGAUUAACCCCAACCCUGUUUGGCCCGAUAAACUAUGAUAAAGGGGGUGAGAUAGCAUGAGUGCAUGACUACUUCUAAAGAGGUUGGAAAAAUGACACCCCUAUUAAUUUUAGGCUUUUAAGGUAAUUGAUUUGUGUUGCAUUUAAUAAUUUGUUUGAAUUAAAAACUCAUAUUAAUUACUUUCCUUUUUCAAUGCAAUGGUAGUUCUACCGGUGAUCUUGAGCUACCAGUGGGAAAACUCAUCGAUCAACUUAGGGUUUGAAAUUUAUGUAUUCUACAAUGUGUACUUGUCAAACACCCGUAGGGGUUGUUUGGAUCAGGAAAUUUAGAUAGGGAUUUUGCCACAAUCCUUGAUCAUGAGAGAUUUUAACAAAAUUAUGCGUUUGUGAAGUAUAGGAAUUGUGGACUUCAGGAAUUUUGAAAUUCCUAAUUGGCAGGUUUUUAAAAUAGCUGAUUGCCCCAGCUAUUUCAAAAUCCCUGAUAUAUUUUUUUAUUUCUUCCAACCUUAUCCUUCUGUUCUUCCAACCUAUUCUCCACUACAACCUAUUGACUCUCCCAUUUGUUCAAUCUUCUCCGACCACACCCACCUCCGGCGACAACUUCGUUUCCCCAAACCCAGCAACAACUUUUCUCCGGCGUUGAUUCUUCCUCCAGCAAUCUCUUUCUUCCUCCUGCGAUCUCUGGAUUGGGCGAUUUUCAGUGAAUGAGUUGAGCGGAUCUCUUCGAUUUCUUCUCCGAUUUCUAUGGAUCUGCGACCCUUCCGCUAGGCCUCGAUAAUCGACGAGGUUCAAGAGCACAGGACGUCGAUUCUCCUUCUUCCUCCUCCGAACCAGCUCUUGCGACUACCGUCUGCUUCUAACCGGCGGCGACUCGAGCUUCUCCUUUUUCCGAUUCCGAACUCCCGCCGGCGAAGAGAGUAGGUGCGAUGAUUGGGCAUUCUCUGUAUUGGCGAUUUCUGGUAAAUCGAGGCGAUUCCGAAAACGUCUUCUUCUUCUCAAACCCGGCGACGGUUGGGCGUUCUCCGGCAACGUCUUCUUCUUCCCAAACCCGGCGACGGUUGGGCGUUCUCCGGCAACGUCUUCUUCUUCUCAAGCGGCCAGCGGGGACAUGCAGUAGCCCAGAGGGACUCUUGCGAUGGAUCUGACUGCUUCCCCCUUCGAUUGGUGGCGGCGGAUCUGACGCGACGACGACGAGAAUCAAAGAAAGAGAAGGAGAUUGCGGAUGCCUGUGGAUGCUUGCUGAUGGGAACUGCUAUAUGUCUCUGGUGGGGAUGCUUGUGACGGGAACGACGAUGACCAAAUCUAGUUCCUUUUCCGAAUAGAGAUGGAACAACACGAUGAACAAUGAAAGGGCAAAUUAGAAAUUUGACAUUUCUUAUUAAAAACCUAUUUUUCUAAACAAACAAGAAAUUUAAUACAAAUCCUUAAUCACAAAUACCUGGGUUUUCAGUUGAGGGAUUUGAGACUAAAUCCUUCACAAAUCCCCAAAAUUAAAUUCCUUAAUCCAAACGACCCCGUAAUGAAUUAUAUCGAUACUAAAUGUUGAAUUAAAUUCGAACCUGCACUCUUUCUAGUUCAAAGAUGUUGAUUGGGGAGCAAACAAAAGAAUUCCAACAGGUGUUCCAUCCUAACUACGUUUAAGUUCAGUGUGUUAACUCAUGGCCACGCAUUGGUUUUCUUCUUCCUUUACAAUGUCCCAAAUUAAGCAAACAAACCAAUUAGGCAUUAUUCCUACGUCUGUGACUACUGCAUUAGCGUGCACAUAAUGUAACCUCGAGUACGUAGUUGGGUAAUCAAUAUGGAUGGGGAAG